AUGAGAAGUUAUAAACUAAAAGUGAAAUCACACAUUUCAUCUAGUGAUACAUCAUAUACCAUAUCGAAUUCCCCGUUGGAGAAAGGAUUUUCACGAGCUUCAUCAGCUGAUUCAGUAUUUGAUGAUAUUUCAUCGAAAGCACAUGCUUUAUUUUCAAUUCUUGAUGAAGAACAAAAAGGAUAUUUGGAUAAUCAAAUGUUAUUGAAAGUGUGUGAUUCCGGUUUGACAGAAACACAAAUUAAUGAUUUAAUUCAACAUUUAGAUCAUGAUGGAGAUGGAAAAAUUAGUGCAGAUGAUUUUAUGCUUGGUUUGCGUACAUUAGCUAAACGGAAUAGUUUAAUUCGUGCUUCACUUAGAGCUACUACUGUAACAAAUUCUACGCGUUAUCUAAUUAAAAGAUGUUCAGAGUCAACAAAUGUAUCGAGACAUCGUUUGGAAUCAAGUGGAACGAAUUCAGAUAUUGAUGAAUCUUUGUGUAGUAAUUAUCAAUUGAAAUCAGAUAUAACAACUAUUCAAUCGAUAAGAAUUAGAACAAAAACUAGACAGAGACUUCAUCGACGACUACUGACUUCGUUGUUCUCUCAACAAACGAAUUCUUUACCGAUUAGUCCACUGUCACCACAGUUAUUUGAUAUUAGUUCUGUUGAUGAAUGUUUGAAAUGUGUAACCAGCCAAGAACAUCUUUACGAACUAUACCAUAUUCUGUUAUAUGAAAAUCCAAGUUUAUCUAAAAUGUAUGAAACUGUCCUAGUGGAUGUAGUCAGAUAUAUUCAAAAGUCUCGUGAAAUACAAUUACGAUUAGAAAAGCAGAUUGAAAGUGAACGUUUGAAGCAUAGUGAGGCAAUAUUUCAUUUAUCCGAAGAAGUAGAUAAUCAAGUUAAACUUGCCGAAGAAACAGCACGAAUUAAAGAAAGAGAAAUAGCAAUGAAAAAAUUCUCUGCUGAACUUGAAACUAAAUCUAUACAAAUUAAACAAUUGAAGACAAGAAUCAAAUCACUUGAAGAGCAAGAUAUUUAUCAACACGAAUCCACCAGUCAAAAUAUCAUGCCUAAAAUAAUGAUAGAGAAAGAUGAUAAACGUGUGAUUAAAUUACAAAUGAAAGUUUUACAAGUUAAUCAAGAGAAUUAUAAUUUAGAAGAAGAAUUAAAUAAUACACGAUUACAAUUGGCACAAUCACGUUCAGAAUUUAAUGCGGUACGACAAAGUUUAAGCGAUAAAAAUCAUGAAUUGGAAGAACGUAUGACUGCGUUAAUUGAAACUGUCAAAGAGAAUUCCAUAUUAAAACGUCAGGUUGGUGUAUUACAGGAUAUCAACAAAAAGUUAUAUGAUGCUAACGAUGAUCUUUACAAUAUGUUCGAAAGUUAUCCAGAAUGGUUGCGUAAAGAAUGGAGCGUUGAAGAUAUUAAACCAGCUUCCACAAUGAUUAAUUACAGGUUUCGACGAACUUCCACAGAAUUUAAACCAAUCAAAUCUGUUGUGAAGAAAUUCGAUUCACAUGACUGUGAAGCAAAUAUUUCUGUUUGUAUGUCUUGCAAAAGUGAUCCGAGAGAACAGUUAAGACCAUCAUCAUCUGGGAAACGUUAUCGCACUAUGUCCAAAUGUGACCAACCAGACUGUUGUUGUUCAAAAAUCCACGGAAAAGGAGAUAACAGUCUGUCAAGUUGUAUGGAUACAAAUGAAGGAGAAUCUGAUAAAGGAUUGAAAUAUCCAAAUGUGAAACAACAAACAUUACGGGAGGAUUCCGGAAAUCAUGUGAACUAUAAAGAAAUAUUUGAAUCUCGAAAUCAAUCAUGUUCAACAGUAUCAAUUAAUUCAAAUGAAUCAAGUUGUCAAUCUAUCAGUUAUCAUUUACCACAAAAUCCUUUCAAUAAAUUUGGCUCAUUAAAAAAGUUAAAUAGAAAAGUUUCAAUUCAUAAAAAUCUUCAUUAUACAAAAAAUGCAAUUGAUGAAAAGUUAAGAAUUUUUCGAAUUAUGUUAGCUGGUGAUUCAGAAGUUGGUAAAACAAGUUUAUUGAUACGUAUGUGUGAGGAUGUGUUUCAAAGUUGUUCAGUUACUACUAUCGGUGUUGAUAUGAAAAUGAGAUCGGUAGAAGUGGAUGGCCGGAAAGCAAUGAUGCAAAUAUGGGAUACUGCAGGACAGGAAAGAUUUCGCAGUGUAUCAACCAGUUUCUACAGAAAAGCUGAUGGUAUUCUACUAGUGUAUGAUUGUACAUCGGAAUUUUCAUUUAUUAGUACAAGAGAUUGGAUCACAAUCAUAGAAGAAAAUGCUGGUAAACAAAUACCUAUCGCUAUUAUUGGCAAUAAAAAAGAUUUAAAAGAACAGAAAGAAUGGCAAGGAAAUAAGUGUGUUAGUUAUGCAACAGGCAGUAAAUUGGCUCAGGAGAUUGGAGCAUUAUUCUUCGAAACAAGUGCAAUGACUGGUGAAAAUGUAAAUGAAUGCGUUGAAGCUUUAGCUAGAUUACUAUGUGCUCAAGAAGAUUAUAAUUUACGAUGUCCGAAACUGAGGCUAACAAGUGACACUCCACGACCGACAAAUGCCAAAUGUUGCGUGCGAUGAGAAACAGAGACGUGGUCGAUCAAUUCCAAAAUCACUAAUUUAAAAACCAAUUGCCUUUUAUAUUUCAUAUUGAUAUGACACGAAGGAUAAUUAUCUUCUUAAAUCUCAAAUAAAAGAUUG